AUGUCGGGCACAUUGCUCGGGCUGGCUCCACAUACAGACUCUCUGGCUCGCCUGGCCUCAACUCCGUUCCUUGCACAAUUAAAAGAGCGAGAUCUGGCCAAAAACAAAAUAUGGUCUGCCACACUGCUGGAUGGUGAGACCGGCAUUCUCAGCAUCGGUGGCACGAUCGCGAAGGAAUUCGAAGAGGCAAAGAUACGAGGGGAGAUCGAGCUGAAGCACCUCGGAGACCCGCUGGUCACGACGGAUUGGGUGGACGAGCAGGUGAACGCCAAAUUGACCUUUCUUAUACCGCCUGACGCCUCAUGGGACAAACACUUCAAGUGGACUGAGGUGCAGGGGGCGGCGGGAUGGUGGACGGCUCUGAUGAAGGGCGUUUGGAUCAACGGCGCAAAGAUUCUCAAAAAUCAACCUGUCAUCUUCGAUAUCAACACGCCCUUCAUCCUCGCCCCGCCAAUCGCAGCCAGACGUUUCUACGAAUCCAUUGGGGGCACAAAGCGAUUACCACCACCUUACGACAACUUCUUCGCCUUUCCGUGCCUGAACCGAGCAAACAUCGCUCUUGAGAUCGGUGGGUGGAACUUUCCUACCAUGCAUGGCGAGGGCACGUCGGCGGAUGCACUGUACGGCCCUGCAGGCGGAAGGUUCAGCCUAGGUAAAAUGGCAGACGGGACAGGGUACUGCGUGGGCAGCGUGGUGGAAACGAGGAUGGGACUGAAAGAGCAAGGGAUGGACAGCGGAAUGAAGAAUAUGUGGGUGCUUGGGGAGCCUUUUUUCAGAGGGUUAGGAGUGGUUUUUGAUGUGGACGGAGGAAGGGUGGGUGUAAGGACUUAUUGA